ACUCACCUGGUGGUGACGGCAGCGGCCGGCAGUUGGCAGCAGUGCGCCGAGGACAGACGAGGACUCCAGCAUCGCGGCGGACGCUGCGCAAGAUGGCGGCCACGCUCUGACGUCCCCGCGCCAACACACUCACCGAGUUAAACCACGUAGUCAUUCCUCGCACCAAGGUUAAUAGAAAUGGGAGCAGUAUACGACUUGAGAAUUCCCAUCAUAUUGUUCUUGAUAGCUCUCAUGGUGGACGGAGGAGUGGUCACGCAGAAGUGUCUCGAGCCACUGAAAUGUAUCCCCUUUCCCGAAUGCAGUGGUGGUGACCAGCGAGGAGACGACAUAGUCUUCAUCUGCGAAAGAAGCAGACGGGAUGACGACAGGGUGUGCUGUCUCCCGCCACCUCCAACUGACCCAGUCCACGACACUUCUGGGCAUCCAGGAUGGAAACCGAACGAGGCUGAAAGCAAAGCCCCUGAGCAGAUCCCCGUUUCAGGCCGGGGCACUGAGGACCCCAUAAUUCCAGAUCCAGAUCCUCCCGGCUGGACUAACUCUCGCGAUGGCGCUACGUAUCGAAGCAAUGGAACUGCAGAUUCCCGCAACAGGUCACACAUCACUGUGUACCCUUCGCACGGUGGAUCAGAGAGUUCGCGUCACAGCGCUGAUGGUUCUUCCAAGAGGAUUUCCACGCCAGCAAUACUUCCUGACUCAACGGUCGCGCGUGAGCAUGUGACCUCGAACAACUCCAGCACGCCUUCUUCAGGGGCUGCCACCGGCUGCUGCAGUCAGGGUGUGAAUCAGAAAAUGAAGUUGUUGCCACAGGAGGGCUGUGGGCUAUCCACGUCCAACAGGAUUACCAAUGGCCAGGAUGCAUCUUUCGGCCAGUUUCCAUGGAUGGCUCUGCUUGGCUACAGACUGAGAGAUGGCACCGUAAGUUUUCUGUGCGGAGGAACACUGAUAAACCGGCGGUAUAUCCUCACAGCCGCCCACUGCUUGGAGCCUGAGGGGGCUGUCUUGGAGGUAGUGAGGUUAGGGGAACAUAACCUCGCUACCGAGCCCGAUUGCGACCAGAUGUUGCACUACUGCGCUGAUCCAGUCGUAGAUGUUCCUGUGGAGACUGCGAUUCGUCACGAAAUGUUUAACAGCCCAUACCUCAAGAACGACAUUGCGCUUCUCAGACUGCAGGUGCCCAUCAACAUGACCACAGAGUACAUUCGGCCCAUCUGCCUUCCUUUUGGUCUGAACGUCACUGGGCUGGAAGAAAAGAAAUACCAUAUUGCUGGCUGGGGAAAAACUGACUACUACGAUUCGGACGGCAGUCCAGUGCUGCAGUUCACGGGCAUCCUCAGCAUGCCACUGCCCGACUGCGACUCCCGCCAGGAGAAGGAGGUGCGGCCCCUGGACCACACCCAGCUGUGCGCCGGCGUCGACAUGGGCAAGGACGCCUGCAAGGGCGACAGCGGCGGUCCCCUCAUGGAGACUCUGCAGGCUCCAGCCCGCUCCAGCGUCCAGACCUUCCAGAUCGGCGUGGUGUCGUUCGGGUCCGUGCCCUGCGGCGCCAAGUACUCCCCCAGCGUGUACACCAGGGUGACGGCGUACCUCGGCUGGAUCCUGGACAACAUCGCGCCGUGAAGUGCUGGCAUGGCUUGCCUCGUGUCGUUUAACAGUAGCAAUUAAACUGUUGUAAUCACAAGGUGCCAAACUUCCUCAAGUUUUAACGACUCAGGCCUCAUUACCUCUUAAAUAUUACACAAGCUCAAUAUUUCAUUUACAUGUAGUUACUAACAUUGUAAUGUUUCUUCACUUUUACAAAUUCGAAAUAGAAACCAACUCUAUGUUACGAAAAAUAUUUUUUGUUAUGUCUGUAGGUAUAGAUAUAUUUUUUAUACAUUUAGUUAAACGUUUUAUACUCUGGAGACAAGUGUAGUUCCUAGAGAGGGGAAUAUCCCCCCCCCCUUCUCAAAGGAGUGAUAGUCCUCUCUAAUCAAAAUUUAUUUUUAGAGUGUAUAUUUGUGUUUCGUUUCAUACUAACUUAAUUAAUAAAUUCAACCAAACUAUUCUCGAAGCAGGUCAUUAACGUUUUCUGAUAUUUUCUUUGGGAAUAUAAAAUUAUAUUAGAUCAAACGCUGUAAGUGUGUGAGCGUGCAACCUUAUCGGGGUGCCUCAAACAGCGCUGCCACUUAUAUGUGGACAAAAACAUGGAAACAUUUGACAGAUUUUGUAAUGGAAUUUAAGAACGGGGUGUGGGAAAGAUUUAUUUUGGAAAGAAAAAAAAUCUUAUACAAGGUUUGAAGCUAACAGUUGUGUGAGGGGCAUGCUGGGCUUGGUUGGAACAGGUGGCAUCGAAGUAGCAGGACCGGAAAGCUAAGGUCAAGUGACAUUUGAUCAUCCCACCUGAGUUGCAGCGGGCUGGAGAACUUGACAUGACUCCACCCUCAACCUAGUUGCUCGUGACCUAGCUAGCACUUUGUUCAUUCUCCAGGCAAUCUUUGGAAUGACCAGUCUGUGCUGCGGGCCGUUACCUUCUUUUUAGUUUUUUUACCGGAUUGGUGUGCUUGUGGUUGGUCAGAAACGAAUAACAACUAUUUUUUGCUCAUUUCAUCAGUUGUUUUCUUUUGCAACAUGGUGAAUACUUAUGUGUAUACUUGCUUUAAAACAUAUUUGGUUUUUUAUUCCAGAACAGAGUUUUGUCAAAUAUUUAAUUGUUUUAAGUAACUAUCACCAAUAACUGUAUUUCUUUUCAGACUGGCUGGUGAAUCAUCAGAUCACUUGCCUUCCAUCAGGAUGGUUUCAUUGUCAGUGGGUAAAACUUUGAUUUAUAAGCAGGGAGUUGUUCGGAGUAUUUAUACUUAAAUCUUGACCUUUCUGCAUAGAUGUACAUUGUUAGUCUUUUUUGCAUUUAAAUUUACAUUUUAUAUGCAUUUUUUUACAUUUCUUACUCAGACUCAUCAUUUCACACCUUAUCCAUCGCUAAUGACGUCGUUUUGGCACCGUUACUUUGACAUAUGCUGUCAGAUUGUUACUCCAAAUGGUUCUGGGUCAUUUGCUGCCAAGUAAUGCAAUGCAGUUUGCAGAAUUACCAUCACAUAAUCGUCCAGUCGUUAUUAGUUUAUUUUGUGAGAAGCAAGUCACACAUGUGCACUAGUAUAAAAUAUGAUUAUGAUGUAAAUCUAGUUACACUAUAAUUAGUAAAGAAACCUAUUUUAUGAAAAUAAAAUUUUUUCGGUACUUUAAAUGUUUGAUGGUGUAAACUACUUUCUUAAAAUAAAAAGUUAGCAAUUAGUUAUUUAAAAAAAAAUUUUUUUUUCUGUUAGGAAUACCUACUGCUGUAAUCAGUACGCUGUAAAUAGAUAUCAAAUUUUCUCUUUGUAUAUAUGAACUUGAUAUAAAAAAACCUGCACCAA